UGGCGCCGAUAAUUUUGGGAUCCCCCGCCUAGCUUCCUCUCAACCACACGAAUCCUCAAUUUGUCACUGUCAUGUUUUUCUUGCAAGCCCAUUCUCGUUCACAGCGGUGUUAUUAGGCUUUUUUCACAGGCUUAUCCUUCUCACGUUCCUUGUCAUCCUCCACACUCGAAGAAGCUGCUCCAGCUGCUGCCAGUGGAUUAGCAGCAUCGCCCCUUCCACUGAGAACUGACAGACGCUCUUAGAUCUCCUGCCGAUCCAGCACUGGGCGUGUAACUACCACUGACGCUACCGGCAUGCAAGGCAGCGGUGGAACGCAAGGCAGCAGCGGCAUGCAAGCCAGCAGCGGCAUGCAAGGCAGCAGCGGCAUCCUGCCGAAAAGUCAACCAGCAAGCCAGGGCCCGUCUGCUAGGAACACCGCUCUCCCCAGCCCCUCCACCCGGCUUUGCCCCGGCCCUUCCCUCUCCCCCCACCCUGCUCCCUCCCCGCCUACCGCAAUCCCGCCUGGACUCGACAGGGGCGUUGUUACGUCCCCCCCCGCAGCAGGCGGAGUGGUUGGAGCCGCAGUGCCUGAGCUGCUACAACCAUCGCCGCCCACCAGAGAAGUGGUUGGAGCAGCAGUGCCUGAGACGCAACCAUCGCCACCCACCCGGUCAACCCGAAGUGUGGCUGGAGCAGCACCAGCGCCCAAGAGCAAGUGCCAGCCGUCUUCGCCCACCCCCGUGCCUAGUAUGCGGCAACCCUUGUCGUCCCCCACCAGUGGUGUGGCUGGACCUGCAGAGGCUGGGCGGCAACCCUUGUCCCCGACCCCCCAGGCUGGGUGGCAGCCGUCGUCCCCCACGCCCGUGCGCAGCCCGCACGCGCAGCUGAUCCAGCGGCGGGCGGCGGAGGCCAGGGCGCGGCAGGCGCAGAUGGACGAGGCGUGGGGGGCGCUGCUGGCGCAGGAAACGGCUUGUGCUACUCCGGGACGCGGGGAAGGCGAGGCGGGUGGUAGUAAUCUUAAUCUAAGAGAAGCCCGCCCCACGACUCCAACCAGCCGGAGCACUCCAAGCACUCCAAGCACUCCAAGCACUUCGGCGAAUCCAGUUACUUGGACUGCUGCUAGCACUCCACCCACACGGACCGCCAUGUUUGGCGGUGGCCCUGCAGCAGGCGAGUCUUCUGCUGGAUACUUUUCGCCACGUCAGCAAGUGGUACUACCCCAGAUACUACCUCUGUCCGGUACGAGGGCGACCUGGGGUGCCUCCUGGCGGCAUCUGCUGGCGUCAGGGCGAAGCCUCAAAGGGUGGAGCAGCAGCUUUGCGGCAGUAAACGAGGGCGAAAGUGGCGAGGAGGCUGCGAGCCCCAGAGGCCUGGCACGUGGCGUGGUGACGGCAGCAGAGGGGAGCAGCAGAAGGGGGUUGUGUCGGUCCAUGUCACUUACUGACAGCUUGCAGGCGGCUGCUGCUGCUGCUAGCAUUGCGGGAACUGAAGCAAAUGCAGCGCAGGAGCUGUCCACUCGUUGGCCUUGCGGUCCCAAACCACAUGCCUUUUUGAAGCUCUCUAUUCCUUCGUCUCUUGAGUCGACACCCGAGACUCGUGCCUGUACCCACCCCGCCUUUCAACAGCCUCCUGCGCUGGGAGCAGACAGAACGCCGUUAAGGACGAUGUCAAGAGCAGGUGGAAUCUUCACUGGCACGAGGACGCUGAUUCGAACGCUGAGUGGCAGCAUCAAGACCUUGAUUGAUGAUAAAAACACUAAGGCUGAUUCUCCAAUCGGCAACAGUACAGCUCAGGGCAGUUCACCAGAGUACUCCAUCUACUCCUGCGCGCUUCCCAGUCUUCCCAGUCCAGAAGCAGCAGACUCUGCCAGCCAAUCAGCGCCUCUUAGAGAGAACCUCGGGAACCCCCACAGGAGAUUGUACAGGAGAGGCACACCGCGGAUAGUCUCGUCCUCCUCGUGCUCCGACCUGCACCACCUCCACCACCUGCAGCACCUGCAGCACCUGAAGCAGCUGCAAGCAGCUCCCCAGGCAGCUCUCCACCACACAGGGGCAACUCCUCCCCAUACUGAGUCGUCGCCCGCACGGGUCUCCUCGUGCUCCGACCUGCAGCAGCUGCAAGCCGCGGCGCCUCUCCACGCAGCGCAUCAGCAAGCCGCGGCAAUCUCUCCACGCGCUGAUUCAUCGUCUUGGAAGAACGCUAGUAGAUUGCACAGGGGCAGCGCACUGCGGGUGGCCUCCUCCUCGUGCUCCGACCUCCAGGAGCUGCAAGCACCUCCCCCCCCAGCUCUCCCCCCAGCUCCCCCCACAGCUCCCCCCCCAGCUCUCCCCACGUCUCCCCCCACAGCUUCCCCUACAGCUCCCCCCACAGCUCCCCCCACAAUGCGCCUCACAGCUGCCAUGCCCCCUCGUGCUGAUUCGUCGCCGGCAGCUGGACCCUCCAAACACCCUGGAAGCCCGCAGAGGAGAAACACGCUUCGGGGGAUCUCAUCCUCCUGCUCCAACCUGCAGCAGCUGCAGCAGCUGCAGGAAGUGCAGCUGCUGCCAGGAGUGCAGGCAGUACAGCAGCCGCAGCCGCAGGAGCUGCAUGCAGUGCAGCAGGCGCGGCAGCUGCAGCAGGUGCAGGGAGUGGCCUUUGAGUCGACUCAAAAGGGGACCUCGUCCUCCUGCUCCGACCUGCAGCAGCUGCAGGAGGCUGCGGCUCUCUGCGAGAGAGAUGCGCGAAUCAUGCUGCUCCCCCGUCCUUAUCGUGCUGAUUCAUCCCCAUCCCCAUCCCCAGCAGGAGCUGCUCUCACACACGCGUCUCUCCCCAUCAGGACUGUGUCGUCGUCCGUGCUCUCCUGCGAGAGAGAUGCAGCGCGAAUCAUGCUCCCCCUUGCUCGUCGACCUCCCGCUGAUUCAUCCCCAUCCUCAUCCCCAGCAGCUGCUCUCACACGCGCGUCUCUUCCCGUUCGGAGUUUAUCGUCGUCCGUGCUCUCCUGCUCAUCUCCCAUGCUGUCGUCGCUUGCGAAGAAGGGGGAGAAGGGAUCGCGGGCGCAGCACCAGAGGAAGGUGUCAUUCAACUCCACUGUUAGGGUUCGCACGUUUGCUUCCAUGCAUGAUAUCGAGGCUGCUUAUGAGACAGCACCUGCUGGUCCAGCUGCUGCUGCACCUGCUGCAUGCUGCACCUGAUAAUAGCUGCCAUUUGACUGUCUUGGCGGAUCGGCAAACCAUGUCAGAAUAAAUGACGAAUCUGAGCCGUCCAGUUCCACCUGUCAUUCGCGCCGUCCGAUACGAUAGCUGCGAUUGCCAAAUAGACCCUGCUGGUCAAUAUGAUCCAUUCCCGAUUUGACUAUAACGAGAUCGUUGACCGUCCCCAACAUUCAGGAUCCCCAAUUACAGACGGUCAUUAAAGCCCGAGUCAUCACCAACCUUCACAACAACUGCACAGCGGUCCUUUAUGCCUGCUUAUCCCCGAUGGCUAUGGUCGUCGUGAACAGAAAUACGCCUAGGGUAGAAGGAGCCUUCGAGGAAUGGCAGCCACCAGAACAACUGAUUGUUGACCAGGUCUCAAGAGCUUUUUGGUUGGUGAGGCUGAACAGAAUGCUAGCUGAUCCCAGAAGGAGACGAUCCGCGUUACAGCAUGGCUAGCGCAGGAAGCAGGAACAUUCCCCUCGAGAAUGCCGCGCUGGGGUGUAGAGCCAAAAACAGGGGAGCGUUCUAAGA